AAUAAAGAGCAAAACUUACGAAGAAUUCAAGGGGAUUAACAUCUAUUACUAUAUAUAGUACAUGAAAAGAUAACUUUGACCUUGUUUAGACAAUGUAACUUUCCGGCAUUGCGCCCCCCUAGCUCCGCCACUGGCCCUUGGUUUCAGUAAGUCAGCAACAAAUUAUGAAAGAGAAGAAUGAGAUCGCGAAAGAUGUCACAGAACUUAUCGGAAACACCCCUAUGGUAUAUCUCAACAAAAUCGUCGAAGGUUGUGAUGCCCAAAUUGCAGCCAAAUUGGAGUCAAUGGAACCUUGCUCAAGUGUCAAAGACAGGAUGGCAUACAGUAUGAUCAAAGAUGCAGAAGAGAAGGGUCUAAUUACCCCUGGAAAGACUGUACUCCUUGAGGUAACUGGUGGUAAUACCGGCAUUGGUCUUGCAUUUAUUGCUGCAGCUCGUGGCUACAAACUCGUGACAGUAAUGCCAGCAUCAUAUAGUCUUGAGAGGAGGAUUGUUCUUAAAGCUUUGGGGGCUGAGCUAUACAUCACAGAUCCAGCCAAAGGUAUAGAUGGUGAGCUUAAGAAGGCCGAAGAGAUACUAGAUAGGACGCCAAACUGUCAUUUUUUGCGUCAGUUCGAGAAUCCUGCCAAUCCAAAGACCCAUUAUGAAACAACUGGACCAGAAAUAUGGGAGUGCACAGGAGGAAAAGUUGAUAUUUUUAUUGCCGGGAUUGGGACAGGAGGCACAGUGACGGGAGCAGGAAGGUUCCUUAAGGAGAAGAAUCCAGAAAUAAAGGUAUAUGGAAUAGAACCAGCCGAAAGUGCAAUUAUAAAUGGAGGACAACUAGGGCCGCAUAAAAUCCAAGGAAUUGGUGCUGGUUUUAUCGCACCCGUUCUCGAUCUCAGCAUCCUGGAUGAAGUUCUUCAAGUAUCUAGUGAUGAAGCUAUUGAAAUGACAAAGCUUCUUGCAUUGAAAGAAGGUCUGCUGGUAGGACUAUCAUCAGGGGCUGCAGCUGCUGCGGCAGUAAAAGUAGCAAAAAAGCCAGAAAAUGCUGGGAAACUUAUUGCGGUCAUCUUCGCUAGUGCUGGGGAGCGUUAUCUUUCCACCGUGCUAUUUGAUUCUAUUCGAGAAGAGGUGGCAAAAAUGACUUUCGAGUAACUUUAUGCUUCUUUGGACUGAGAGAGAGAAGUUAUUUGUUGUUACUUGAGGUAGAAUGGGGAAGACGACUGACGUGUAACCUCCUAAAUGGGUGAACUAUUGUUCACAAAUACAAACAUUCUUACAUUUGAAUGAUACACAGAGCAACUAUUUGUUACCUCUCUUGUGCUAA